AUGUUCUAUGAUAUCAAGCAAUCACAUUCAUUCAGCGUUCUUACGAUCUUCUCAGCGUCGAACUACUACGAACUCGGUAGUAAUCGAGGCGCAUACGUCAAGUUCAUAGGACGCAGUAAACAGCCACAUAUUGUACAGUACAUGGCAACGAAGACACAUCGCAAGAGCACAUUACGGGAACGGCUGAGUCUUGUCGAAGAGUCUGCUGUACGAGAAGUGAAGGAAAAGCUGGGUGCAUUCAGCAACGAGCUAGAGAAGGAAUUCCAAAAAUACGAUCCACAAGGGAAAGCCAUCCAUGAAGAUGGAAAGCAUGUCCUUUAUCACAACAGCCUCUCUCACGUGCAGCUCGGAAAAGCCAAGAAACAAGAUAGAGACGUUGUCGAAUCGCUUUAUCGGCAUAAAAGUACGCUCGAGACGUUGUUUCGGUUUAUGGACAAGGACAACUCAGGACAAGUCUCCAUGCAAGAGUUUAUAGAUGCCAUCCAGGUACUUAAACACGAAAAUUAA